UUCAACAUCAACACUGUUAUUUAUUAAAUUUAUUUCAUAUAUCGGUAUCUUAGUGGUAUGAUGUGUGAUUUAUUGUACAAAUACAAAAAACAAAACAGGAAAAAUAACAAUUAAUUUUGUGUAUUGUCUGGCCAGACUAGGAAAGGUUUGGACUAGAUUGCGACAUAAAUAAGGAAAACUUUUCAUCCAUCUGUCGCCACCUGACUGAUGAAAGUAGGUAGUUUUAAAACUUAUAAAAUUACCACUGAAGAUCACUAAGAUGCUAAAAACCGAAUCAGAUAAUACAGCUACCAUACUCGAUUAUCUAAAUGAGGACUGCUGGAUGGCAUUACUUAGCUAUAUACCUGUCAAAUAUGUCAUUCAGUCAGAAAGAGUCAGUCACCGAUGGCAAGAAUUGGUUCUGAAGUAUUUGCGACGUCUCCGAAUUGCUAUUCGGUAUCCCCUGAACUGGAUAUCUUAUUUUUAUGAUGACUACGGUAUGAAUGGAACUUACGGGAAUUAUUAUUUAGGUGACAAUGAGGUAGUUGUCGUUCUCAAUAAAAGAGCAGCCGAUUAUUUAUCAUUCGCAUGUUGGACCAACAAACUUGGUGCAUCUGUUGUAAGCACUUACUGUGCUACCAAUCACAAUAUGGAAACAAUAGGAGAAAACUGUCCUAAUCUAGAAACCCUCGAGAUGUUUCGAGAAUCAAAACAAAGCCUACCAAACAUUCAUAAUGAAAACUUCAAGUGGUUACGGAGACUAUAUUUCACAGAAUAUAAUUGUGUCUCAGAUUUAUAUAUCAGUCGUUUUAUAGCAAAUAAUUCCGUGUUAGAAGAAUUGGAAAUAAACAGUAAUGAAAUCGUGACUGGUAAAUGUUUACUCAACAUCAAAUCGGCAGCGUUGAAAUCCCUGAUGUUCAAUAGAUGCAGAAAAUUAAAAAUGUGCAAUUUGCUCGCCACUGCUAGCAGUCACAAUCUGACAAAGCUGGAGCUCAUUAAUGUUCCUUAUAAUAUAUAUGAAAAUAUACAUUUAAUCCUGAAUAAAUUGCCCAAUUUAGAGGAUUUGUGUGUAUUAGAUGAACAUAUGGAAUGCGAUCAUUUUUUCGAAGCUGUUUGUCGUCUGAGCAAGUUGAAGUUUCUUGUUGUAAUGUAUGAGGCGACGGAUACGAAUCUGGAAGACGUGACAAGAUGCUGUAAGGAUUUAAUCAUUUUGCAGUUCGGAGAUUGUCCUACCGUGUCAUCUCGUGGAAUGGAAGCGGUGACCCGCAACGUGGGGGCGCGUAUCACCAUGCUGGGCAUACCAAAGAGUGAAUAUCUGGAGGAUGAAGAUGUGAUCGCUUGCGUACGCGAAUGCCCUAAUCUAAUGUUCUUGGACAUGAGUGGGUGCUUGCGUCUGAGGCAGGGUAUGCUGAGUGGGGCUGCAGAAGCACGACGCCUCAUGGGCGCCCGGUUUUUUCUGGAACUGGUCGUUAGAGAUACAUUCCUGUAUUUAGAUGAAGAUACGGAACACUAUCGUCAUGAGCUUGUUUUGACGUAUUAAUCGCCAAGGGAACUGUGGGCCGGCUCGACUGCUUCAGAAAGUAAAAUUAAAGCUUUCACUUUUUA